AUGGUUAUGCCGAGACCAUGGUACGGCGGCAUGCUUCUGGAGAACCCUACCCCUCCAAAGACCCAGUCAGUCAACAUGAGGGAGCCAACAGACUACGAGAUCCGGUCAGCGCGGCUCCAGUCGCAGUCGUUCCAAGUCAACAGUUGCGGCCAAACUUCCAGCAAGAGGAAACGAGAGGAGCACUACGUCCCUCCAAAGACCCAGUCAGCCAGCAUGAUGGAGCCAACGGACUACGAGAUCCAGUCAGCGCGGCUCCAGUCGCAGUCGUUCCAAGACAACAGCUGCGGCCAACCUUCCAACAAGAGGAAACGAGAGGAGCACUACGGCCCACCUCCGCCACCACCGUCCUUCAAUGGCAAUCCACCAUCCGAUCGUCUCGCACUCUCAGCACCCGUCAGGAUCCCUUCGCUCAGAAAGCCGGUCAACAGUAUCUCGACUGCUCCUUCUUCUUCAAGCAACAGCAUUAAUAACGACAAGCCUCCGCCAGCGCUAUUGAUUUUGGACGCCGACCUGUGGGCCCAGUUCCAUGAGCAGCACAAUGAAAUGAUCAUUACAAAGUCUGGUCGCUGCCUUUUCCCUUGCCUCCGGUUCAAGAUCCUUGACCUCGACCCGGAUUCGUACUACUCGAUGCGGAUCGACUUUGAGACGCUGACGCCAGAUCGGUUCCGUUUCUACAACGGAGGAUGGAAGCCGGCGGAGCCUCUGCGACAUGUCGACGACAACUUUUCUUCAGGAAGCCAUGGUUCUCGCGGUUCUACUGGUCAUUCUACCGCCACCACGUCGGGUCAUUUGCGCAAGUCCUAUACCCAUCCAGACCGGUGGCAGCUUGGCAGUCAUUGGAUGGCCGACCCGAUCUCGUUCGCCAAAGUCAAGCUCACAAACAAGGUCGAGCCUCCACCUAUUGUCUCAAAGAGGUCUUCCAAACAGAGAACCAACUCUACUACCAGCAUCAACAACAGCAACAAUGGUGACCCAUAUGCAGAACUGACCGGAAUCAACGACAUCAACACGAACGUGUUUCAUAUGACCUCGUUUCACAAGUACUGCCCCAGGAUCUAUCUCAUGCAGCGCGCCAAGGGCUCGCACGACAUCAUCAACUCGAUCGUUUACCGAUUCGACAGAACAGAGUUCAUGGCGGUCACUCAUUACCAGAACUACAAGGUGAACGACUUAAAAAAGUCUCAUAACCCGCACGCCAAGGGUUUUCGAGGAACAAUCGGCAGGGUCCUACCACCUGUCAAGUUCCAAGCCGGACAACACUAUCGAGGAGAGCUGGACAAGCUCUCUUCCUUGGCCAACCCUGCGUCGAGACCCAAUAAGCGCGGCCGUUCAAGUUGGCGAUCGGAUGAGAGUGAUUUUGAUGAUGAGAUGGAUGGCGAUUUUGACCCUGACAGAGAGGAGGCGGAUAUGAUGGAGUCUGAGGUCAUGGAUUCAGUCGGGGCGAGGACGAUUGGAACUCGGUCUGGCUUAAAUUCGGCUGCUGUCGCUGUGUCUAUGACAAGAGUGCCCGAGGGAAACACCAGCCCGACCUGCCGACUGGACAAGGAUAACGACGCGCUUGUCACCAUUUCUCUUGGCAACGAUAGCCAAGAGGACGCCAAGGUCUCGGAGCGGACGACGCGACAAUACUUUGACCAGAAUGCGCCCCUGAACAGAGAUACCGCGGUCGGUAUUCCCGGUUUCCACUCUCGCUCGACCUCCAGUGAGGCUACUUCGAUGGGCCAGCAGUUCCUCCCUCUGGAGCAGAACACUCCUGGUGGCAGUCUCGUGCGAUCAUCGAGGCAUUUCAACGUAAUCAAUCAGCAACAGCAGCAUGCGAAUCACCAUCACCAUCAGCACCAGCAUCAACAGCAGCCACAACGGCAGUCCUCCUUAAUAUCUUCACGUGGUGGUGGACAUAACAACAAGAAGGGUGAGCAGAGGAGUUCACCUCUUCAACCACUCUUCCUCGAUAGAGCCCCUACCGUUAGAAUGGACCGAGACCCUACACACCUCAGCGACUCUACCAGAAUCGCCCUUUCAAUGACCAGACCUCCUCCGCCCCACAUCUCCUCGAUGCCCAACGGCAACAUCAUUGAUGAUGAUGACAACAACGCAGACUUGCCCCGAAUCGACCAGUGCACCCCUUCGAUCUCUCUGGGACCCCUCGAGGACAACCUCAUGUCGGACCAAACUCCUCUCCAGGUUCCUUCGGCCGAGCUCGAGUGCUCCGCAUUGGUUGUUGCUGAAUCUUCGACUGCCCCGGCGUUGAACACGGCCCCGGCUCCUCCGUCACUGUCGUGGUACCAGCAGUUUCUUUGGGAUCAGAAUACCACGAACCUUACUCAGGACCCUGCGCCUGCCGCAACAUCAGCUGCCAGCACCACUCUCGCCGACGAUGUUGAUGGACCUGGCCUACCACUCGCUUUCCAGCAGCUUGCGGCGAUGAACUCGGCAACCGCAGCAGCUAAAAAUUCUUCUACAGUCGGUCUGGCACCUUGUUCUACUCCGAACCUGCAUGGAGUUUCGUCGGUGCAGUUCCCAACUAGAGCAUUUGACUAUGACUACGGAUACGCCAACGGUGUUGUCCCAACCAUGUCUGCCUUUGGAUCAGGAACUUCGACACCCUCCUUGGCCAUCGCAUGUUCUUCUCACUCUAACCUUUCAUCCUUCACAUCCGGUGGCAGAUCAGGGACCGACCCAAGGAACAUGUCUGGUCCUUACGGCUACGGUCCUGCUGGCGGUAGCAACAACGGUUCAGGCGGCUCUUCUGGCAGUGGAGGGUUCCAUCCUGACCCUCGCAUGUCGACCUCAUCUGUCAUUUCCAUCCUGCCUGUCACUGGAAGUACCGCGACGGCUGUUGAGGAUCCUCAGAAGGCCAGUAUCGACCGUCUUGUCCGCGAGAACCUCCGUCUCAAAGCGUUUAUCCGCGAACGCUAUGGUGUUGAGGCUGAGUCUGAGGCGAACGCCGUUGUGGCUAUGGAGUACUACCAGUGA